UCGGGCACUGGGCCUUGUUGGGCUUAUUUACUUACUGCAAGUAUGGUCCAUUUAUUCCUUCCAAGGUAACCUUACCGAUAUCACACAGUGUCCGGAUGAUUUUGGUGACUGUGUAGAAGGCAAGAUAUCUUGUAAAAAAUGCCAGGAAGGAUUUGAAGGAAACAUCACCACAAGAUGCCAGGGGAGCGAGUGGAAGCCGGUCUUGGAAAACUGUGUAUCUCCUAACCUGGGCUCCCUUCUCUCGGGGUUUGAAAGCAUCCAGCUCAGUGAAAACCAUUUUGCUGCCAAUGUAUCUGGAACCCCUUCCAUCCCUAUAGACCAGUGUCCGGUGAUUUCUUUCAUCUCUUCAGGAAUCCAGACAGAAAGGACAACAGCGGGGAACAUUGCUGCAAUAGUGUCGCUGCUACAGAAAAUCUCUCUGCGGUGCUUUAUGGGGGACCUAUCUGAAAAAAAUGUACAGGAUUACAGUAAGAUGGCAAACCACAUUCUCAACACGUCGACUCUAUCCAACUGGACGUUGGUUCCGCAGAGGAACGCCGGCUCCGUGCUUCUAACGUCCCUGCAUGCCUUGGCAUCCAGCGUGGCCUCCAACACUCAGCCUUUGCCAAACGUCACAGUCCAGGAGGAAUUCCUCUCCCUGCAGAGCCAACACAUCUCCGGGGACAGAGACUUCACCUUUUACUUUAACAGCAGCAGUCAGCCUGUCAGUGGGCAGAUCCUUAUUGAGAAGGCAAAGGCGCGAGGCCUAACGGACCUGUCCGCUGUCAGUUUGGCUUAUCCGACCCUCGGAGACAUUUUGCCCACUGAGUCAGAAAACGUAAGUGUGAAUGGACUUGUGAUGUCGCUGGCAGUAAGCGCCAACAUCAGUCAAAUCUUCCUCAAGUUUGAGAAAGUCAAUAAGUCGCUGAGUAUAAACACCCACUGCGCCGCCUGGGACAAAGGGAAGGAAACAUGGAGCCAGGACUCGUGCCAAAAGCAGGAAGACUCAGCCACGCACGCCCUGUGCAAGUGCAAAUAUUCACCAAACUACUUGUCCUUCUCCAUUUUAAUGUCCCCCAAGGCCAAUAGUGACCCGGCGCUUCAUUACAUCACUCUGAUUGGCCUCGGGAUAUCAAUAUGCAGCUUGGUUCUCUGUUUAAUGAUUGAGGCGUUGGUAUGGAGACAUGUAACGAGACACAGUACUGCAUACAUGAGGCAUGUUUCCAUAGCAAACAUAGCAGUUUCAUUGCUCCUUGCCGAUAUCUGGUUUAUCAUUGGCGAUGCCACCUUCAAGGCCAAAUCCUCCAACGUCUGCAUCACGUCAACGUUUUUUACCCACUUUUUUUACCUCUCCUUGUUUUUCUGGAUGCUCCUGAUGGGUUUGUUGAUACUCUACAGACUGUUUCUGGUAUAUCAUGAUAUGAGCAGAACGCUGAUGUUGGCGACACUAUUCUCCGUCGGAUACGGCUGCCCCUUUGUCAUAAGCAUUUUGACGUUGGCCAUUACUUUGAAUCAACCGGGCAAGCCAUACACAAGGGAGGACGGUUGCUGGUUGAACUGGGAUCCUUCCAAAGCCCUCCUUGCCUUCAUUGUUCCCGCCUUCAUUAUUCUUGCUGUAAAUGCCGCAGUGACCUGCACGGUUAUUUCUGUUUUGCUGAGACCUUCUAUAGGGCAAACACCGAGGACUAAUGAAAGGGGUUAUCUGGUCCAAAUCGGAAGAUGUGUUGCAAUUCUGACGCCACUUUUAGGACUAACCUGGGGGAUUGGUAUUGCCACAAUCAUAGAAGAUAGCUCUGUCGUAUUUGACUAUCUAUUCACAAUACUAAAUGCACUCCAGGGCUUUCUUAUACUUCUGUUGGGAACCCUGAUGGACCCCCAAGUUCGAAGGGCUUUGAAAACCAAAAUGUCAUCGCUACCAUGGCACACAUCUGAAACAAAGAAUACAUCAAGCAACCCCAAGUGUCAUUCUCAGUCACCCCAUGGGAACAAGACUUCAGAUGAAGAUCUUUCCUGAAAAAGGAACUUCUGGCCAGGCAUGCUGGGAAAAUGACAGUUAUUCCAUAUGACAGGCAGGCACUGGCAAUGUGUAAAUAUUAAUUGCAAUAUAUUGAUUUGUAUAUAAACCCCAUAGAAAUGGAUAUAUUUUUGCAUUGUAUAUGAUUAAAGUUGAGUUCCUGAGGCUC